AUGGUCUUAGAGGGUGCCUACCGGCCCCUCAUUUCAAGCACUUUGUGGCACUGUGACAGUCGGAACCGGAACCAUCUCGAGGAAAAGGUCGCCGCUUCGCACCCUGCCAGCCCCAGCUCCCGUGACCCCCGAAGCCUCGCUUUCAACUGCGCCUUGCGGCCAGAUCAUGUCAAAGAUGGCCAGAUCAUGAUCCAUGACGCCGCACAUCUUGGGGUGCCCUUCUCGGCUCAAGCGUGCGAGCUGGCUGCUGGGACUUCCAACCGUCCAACUGAUAGCUCUUGCUCGCUUGCUUUGGCCAUGGUUGCGCAAGCCCAGCUCAGCGAGAUGAACCUGAAGUCCAAGUUCACAUUCAUCGAUGUCGAGGAGCACGUGCCAGCGGUGAGGCGUUCCGCCAGCAUGCCAGGAAAUUUGUCGGGGCUGCAGAGUUCUCCGCGCGUGUUCGAGUCCGUCGAGGACGACUACCUGGCGGGCUUGCUGCGUGAGGCGAGCAUGUCCCGCGUUGCCUUCGGGGCCGAGAGCACUGAAAGCGCCGAGAGCACUGAGAGCUCAAGGGACGCAGCGCUUACUCUCGCCGAGGAGGCCCCAAAAACCCUCGAGGCCGCUGAAGAGGCUUUCUCGGAUGAAGAUGUGGCCGGAAGCCUUGGUCACCCGCACUUCUGCCGGCGUCCGUGUCUCUUGCUUGCUUUGGGACACUGCCCGCAUGGAAUGGCGUGCAAGUGCUGUCACCACUUCCAUGGUCCGAAGCAGCAUGCCAUCUCGAAGCACAAUCGCGAGAAGCUCAGCCGCAAGAGCGCGCACUCUAUGUUGCUCUUGCUUCGCGGUAGCCUGCGGCAAAAGAUGGAGCAAGUUCCCGAGCUUGCUUUACAAAUCCGCGGGCUCUUGGACAUGAUCGAGGGUGAGCUGCACAACUACAUCCCAGAGGCCGGGGACUCCGAACCCACCAUCGGCACCCGGCUUCAGGACAAGGUCGCUGCAAUGUCGGUGGCGUCCAUGCUCGGAAACAUGUUCACGCAGCGUUUCGAGCCAGCCUUCCGCGCUCGACUGCAGGGUGAGCUUCAGCGCCUUCGAAGGCAAUUCGCUGGGAGCGCACAAAGCCAGGCAGUUAGUGGCACAACGGAUCACAGCGGCCACAAGACCUUGCGGCAGCGUGUUUGUGGUGAUUGCUUGGAAUGGGGUGUUCUGAGGGUGGAGAGGAAGCGGUGGUUUGUCCAAGGAAUGAUCCAAAUCGAGGGUGCCCACAGGCAGCUCAUGUUGGGGUGCCCUUCUCGGCUCAAGCCUGCGUGCUGGGUGCUCGUCAGCAUCGCUUGUCGUGAACGGACUUCCAACCGUCCAACUGAUAGCUCUUGUUCGCUUGCUUUGGCCAUGGUUGCGCAAGCCCAGCUCAGCGAGAUGAACCUGAAGUCCAAGUUCACAUUCAUCGAUGUCGAGGAGCACGUGCCGGCGGUGAGGCGUUCCGCCAGCAUGCCAGGAAAUUUGUCGGGGCUGCAGAGUUCUCCGCGCGUGUUCCAGUCCGUCGAGGACGACUACCUGGCGGGCUUGCUGCGUGAGGCGAGCAUGUCCCGCGUUGCCUUCGGGGCCGAGAGCACUGAAAGCGCCGAGAGCACUGAGAGCUCAAGGGACGCAGCGCUUACUCUCGCCGAGGAGGCCCCAAAAACCCUCGAGGCCGCCGAAGAGGCUUUCUCGGAUGAAGAUGUGGCUGGAAGCCUUGGUCACCCGCACUUCUGCCGGCGUCCGUGUCUCUUGCUUGCUUUGGGACACUGCCCGCAUGGAAUGGCGUGCAAGUACUGUCACCACUUCCAUGGUCCGAAGCAGCAUGCCAUCUCGAAGCACAAUCGCGAGAAGCUCAGCCGCAAGAGCGCGCACUCUAUGUUGCUCUUGCUUCGCGGUCGCCUGCGGCAAAAGAUGGAGCAAGUUCCCGAGCUUGCUUUACAAAUCCGCGGGCUCUUGGACAUGAUCGAGGGUGAGCUGCACAACUACAUCCCAGAGGCCGGGGACUCCGAACCCACCAUCGGCACCCGGCUUCAGGACAAGGUCGCUGCAAUGUCGGUGGCGUCCAUGCUCGGAAACAUGUUCACGCAGCGUUUCGAGCCAGCCUUCCGCGCUCGACUGCAGGGUGAGCUUCAGCGCCUUCGAAGGCAAUUCGCUGGGCCGCCUGACAGCAGCGGUGUGUUGGCUGCCUCCUUCCACGCUGGCCACCCUCCGGCCAAGCGCUGGGCUGUGCAGGACCAGUUCACCCGCAAUGAGCUACAGGCUGUGGCUGCAACCGUGGCCUUCGGUAUGGGCAUCGACAAGCCAGAUGUGCGCCGAGUACUUCACUUCGGCAUGCCGAAGAGCCUGGAGGCGUACAUGCAGGAAUCUGGACGAGCCGGGCGAGAUUCCAUGCCUGGCGCCUGCAUCGUGCUCUUCACCAAGAACGACCGGCGGCAGAACGAGCAGGUGCUCCUUGGCCAGGAUGGCUUGGUGCUUACCCCAGCGCUGCACAGGAGCCUCAUGCGCUACCAGAGCUCGUUCUUCUAUUGUCGGAACCGCCGGAAGUGCCGGCGGGCACAGCUUCUGGAGUACCUGGGUGAGGAGCCCAAUGCGCCAGACGCCUUCCAGCAGAUCUGCUCGAGCCAGGCACCACCCAGCCACGGGACACCGGGCUUCUGCGCCCUCAGCGCCGGGAAGCUUUGCUGCGGCCGCUGCGACAACUGCUGCAACCUGGACGCGGCUUUGUCGGGCUGCCAAGAUGCCAGUGCGAGCCUUUGA